GGCCUCGUCCACUUGAAGGAGCGUCGGGUUUCCUUGAGGACCGUGGUUAGGUUUUUAGAACAGUCAGGGGUCUCACAUCCCGCACAAGAAAGAUCCAACCAUGUCGGACGCGGUGAUUAGUUUUAUGAAGGACUUUUUGGCUGGUGGCGUUGCCGCUGCCAUCUCCAAAACAGCUGUCGCUCCCAUUGAGAGAGUCAAGUUGUUGCUCCAGGUCCAGCAUGCCAGCAAACAGAUCACAGUCGACAAACAGUACAAGGGAAUCAUGGACUGUGUGGUCAGGAUCCCAAAAGAACAGGGAUUUAUUUCCUUCUGGAGAGGCAACCUGGCCAACGUGAUCCGUUACUUCCCCACCCAAGCCCUCAACUUCGCCUUCAAAGACAAGUACAAGAAGAUCUUCCUCGGUGGUGUGGAUCAAAAAACACAGUUCUGGCGUUACUUCGCUGGCAACCUGGCAUCUGGCGGUGCCGCCGGUGCGACUUCUCUCUGCUUCGUCUAUCCUCUUGACUUCGCCAGAACAAGACUCGCCGCCGACAUCGGCAAGGGCUCAGCUGAGAGAGAGUUCACCGGUCUUGCAAACUGCAUCAGCAAGAUCUUCAAAACCGAUGGCCUCAAGGGUCUUUACCUUGGAUUCAACGUGUCAGUCCAGGGUAUUAUCAUCUACAGAGCAGCCUACUUCGGAUGCUUCGACACAGCUAAAGGUAUGCUCCCAGAUCCCAAGAACACACACAUCGUCGUCACCUGGAUGAUUGCCCAGACUGUCACCGCCGUAGCUGGUCUUAUCUCAUACCCCUUCGACACCGUCAGACGUCGUAUGAUGAUGCAGUCUGGACGUAAAGGAGCUGACAUCAUGUACAAGGGCACAAUGGACUGCUGGAAGAAGAUCAUGAAGGAUGAGGGAUCAAAAGCAUUCUUCAAGGGUGCCUGGUCCAACGUGAUCAGAGGCAUGGGUGGUGCCUUUGUGCUGGUGCUGUACGACGAGAUCAAGAAGUACACAUAGGCUACUAAUGUCUGUAAUCCACCAAUCCCUAAAGAAACCCUCCACCUCGUUUAAGUCUUAGUUUUUGUUAUGAAGGGAUAACAGCUCGUGUUACAGCGCGGGGAAAGUAGGUAUAUUUGAUGUGUCUCCUCAGAAAUCUGUAUAUAUAUCCCUUCU